AUGGCUGAUGCAAUUCAAAGGAUGAAAACACCUCGAAAUGAUCUACAAACCGAAAUUGUUUAUCAAGAGCCACAAACAUCGACUUAUUCAUCGACUUCAGCUGUGCAAAGCCCCGACUUUGUGCAACAAAAUGAAACUUUAAAGAGAAGAAAACUUCAAAAUCGAGUGGAGAUUGAGGAAAAGUUGAAGGAAACACGCAAACAACUAUCACAAAAGUCACAUUCAUCUACAAAUGCACCACUUGAGGAACGUUUUAUUUACGAGGAUCUUCCCGAAUUUCGUGACAGCAAUACAAUCAGUCCAGAGACGCCAAAUGAGGGCAAGAAUCGGCAAGAGAAAUUGAGAAAAGAGAACGUCGAUCUCCGAGGCGAGAUGGCCGAGUUGCGAGCGGCGCUUGAAAGACCUCGACGAUUCUACUCGAUCAAAUCAACAGUGCUGUUCGUUUCUCGAAAAGGG